AUGACCAAAGAGACCACUCCCCCGCCCGAACAACAAACAACCACAAGAGAACCCCCCUCACUCCCGACCUCACCCAUCGCCAAGCGCCCCAAGCCCAACACCACCACCGAAGACCAGUCCAAAAUGACCAACAACACCCCCGUCACCUCCAUCUCGCAGCCUCUGCCCCCGCUGCUCAUCAAGAAGCUGAACGAGGGCGGCCGCGCCCCGACUCGCGGCUCCGCCUUCGCAGCCGGAUACGAUGUCUAUGCUGCUAAGGAGACGGUUAUCCCGGCUCGGGGAAAGGCGCUGGUUGAUACGGGUAUUGCUAUUGCUGUGCCAGAGGGGACCUACGGCCGCAUCGCGCCCCGCAGCGGCCUCGCCGCGAAGCACUUCAUCGACACUGGCGCUGGAGUCAUUGACGCCGAUUACCGUGGUGAGGUGAAGGUUCUCCUGUUCAACCACUCCGAGGUCGAUUUCCCCGUGAAGGCUGGAGAUCGCGUUGCUCAGCUUAUUAUCGAGCGGAUCUAUACCCCCGAGGUUAUGGUUGUGGAGGAGUUGGAGGAGAGUGUGCGUGGUGCGGGCGGCUUUGGAAGCACUGGUACGAACUAA